ACCUUGCUGACAAAGCAGUCUUUUCUCUACUGCAAGGCGAUGAGAACUGGGAGACUUAAAAUAAAACAGAAAAUGGUCAACGUCUUUGCUCCAAAGAGCGAGAGAUGGUUUAGUCACUAUGCAGUAAAUUGUCACCCGAUAGUUUGGCAGUGUCUUUGAGGAAGACCCCGAGAGCGGUGUCUUGUGGUAUUUUGUAGCCUGGGGUGUCUCAAAUUCGCCAUUUAUCCCUGCGGCAGCCGAUUCUGUGUAAAGGUUGUGUCAUCUAAUUUUCGCAAUUGCGCAAGUUACCGUACUAACACUCGCUUGGAAAUUUAGGACGGUGUGUCUUUUCGGGAUCAAGUUAAUUCCCCUUCAACCUCGAGGCUGCUUCUCCUUAGCAAGCAGUAGGAAGGAUCAGAUCUACUGUAUGUACAGCACUUCCCCUGUAAAGGAGAUGGAGUGAUACAAGGCACACACGUGUGUAACCCGACUGCACUUCUAAAUACCACAUAGCCUGAGCAUGUAUUAAGUCAGCUGAUGGCUCGGGAGCUCUUAUUUCGGCUUCAAGAGUAAAAUACUGGGUUAGAUUAGGGACACCCAUCUGAGCAGAAUCGUUUUUCAGCCAUCCAUGUGAUAGAAGCACAACGUAUUUGAAGUCUUACAAGCCUGCGCCGAAUACAAAACGUUCCUUCAAUUGGACCCACAAAGACAGAAACAGUUUUUACUAUCUCUCAGCUCGGGAAAUGUCAUAGCCUACGGAAAAACUUGAAUACGCUCUCAGUUACGGCGCUUUGGCAAAUUUCCAUUGCAGGCUUCUUUUCUUAAUCCUUUGGUCGGGAAAGCUGACUUCUGAGCAGUUUUUUGAAUCCGGAGAUUCACAUCAGAGCGCUUUGAGAAGUGUCUUGCGCAAACGUGAACAAUAACAGAUGAAGUCUAAGAAACCCAUAGCCUUUCAAACACAUGCAUCCACGCUGUAAAGCUCAACCCUCCAGUAUCUUAGUAAUUGGAAUUGGAAAGGAAGCCCAUUCACGAUUGCUCCGUCUCUCCCGGAACAAACGCUACACGCUCACUCCAGAGAAGCUGAAAUGGGACAAAUUCAAGCUCACUUACAAGUUGCUGUCUUUCCCCAGAAACCUGAUAAAUGCCAGCGACACCCACAAGGCGAUGGCCAAGGCCUUCAGCAUGUGGGGCGACGUCUCGCCCUUCAGCUUCAGAGAGGUGCCCGCUGACCAGGAGGCUGACAUUAAGAUAGGAUUUUACCCCAUCAACCACACGGACUGCCUGCGGUCCUACCUGCACCACUGCUUCGACGGCAUAACAGGGGAGCUGGCCCACGCCUUCUUCCCCCCCACGGGGGAGAUCCACUUCGACGACCACGAGUACUGGGUCCUGGGGAACAUGCGCUUCAGCUGGAAGAAAAGGGUGUGGCUGACGGACCUGGUGCACGUAGCGGCCCACGAGAUCGGCCACGCCCUGGGCCUGAUGCACUCCCUCAACCCCAAGGCCAUCAUGCACCUCAACGCCACGCUCACGGGGAAGAAGUUCAUCACCCAAGAUGACGUCUGGGGCCUCCACCGGCUGUACGGUUGUUUGGACAGGUUAUUCAUCUGCCCGUCCUGGGCUCGGAAGGGAUACUGCGACAGCAAGAGAAAACUGAUGCAGAGACAGUGUCCGUCCAGCUGUGAUUUCUGCUAUGAAUUCCCCUUUCCCACGCUGGCUCCUACUCCAGUUCCUCCCAGGACUAAGAACAAGCUGGUCCCAGAGGGCAGGAAGCUCACCUUCCGCUGUGGGAAGAAAGUUGCUGCAAAGAAAGGCAAAGUCUACUGGUACAAGGAUGGGGAGCUCCUGGAAUAUUCCUACCCUGGGUACAUCUCCCUCAAAGAUGACCACAUCAGCAUCGUUGCCAAUGCCAUAAAUGAGGGCACCUACACUUGCAUUGUACGGAAGAACAACAAGGUCCUUACCAGCUUCUCCUGGCGGGUCCGGGUUCGAUUCUAACUGGACUGCUGUCACCCUAUGCCAUACCUCCAACACACUGGGCAAGAUGAGCUAACAAAACCCGCCCCCCUCCCCCACACAGAGCCUUCUUUUCCCAGUACUUGUCAACGCAGAAUAUUUGUUAUGUGGUUUGGUUUGGUGUUCAGCAUUUUCUGACUUGUCCAUUUAAUGAGAAACAAAGGCUGAAAACAAAUGGAUUAAAAAAAAAAACAUUCUGAACUCUGACCAAAUAUCUUAAAAGGUUUAAUUCUGGAACCACAAUGCCAAAGUGUUUACUUCUGUGAUUUAUGUCUAAGUCAGGCCGUGUGGGAGUGAUGUUAGAAGAGCUGGAUGAACUAUUCAUUCUUCAGUUCUGGAAGAGAAGGACAGGAAGGGAUCUUAUUGUGUGAAUCAGCAUUCCAACGAAGCCAAGUGUUUCAGGCCACUUACUGUUAAUUUUGUCUUCACAUAUGCAGAGGAAAAGCCACUCAAUUCUCCAUGCAGAUCACACCAUUUUUCAGGAAAGGGAUGUUUUAAGCAUGUCUCCCGUAAAAAAAAAAAUCACUCAAAGCUCAUGUCCAAGUAGAAAUAAACUAAGCUGAAAAAUGAGCAACAACUUAAAAGAAUAUUUCUGUAAAAUAUCUUUGCAAAACAGCAUUUUAAAAAAACCUGAAAGAAGGCAAGAAAACAUAUCCAGACUCUCACUGUCAAGUCUUCCAAAAGCAACGAAAUCAGGAAAAGUAUUCAAAUAAGUUGGUUGCUUUUAUUUGUUUCAGGGUGCUGUUAAGAUCCAGCACAAUCAGCGUUAGUGUGAGGGGCUUGAUGGGAUCACCUAAGAAAUGCCAAACUCAUGAUGCACAAGCCAAGAUGUUUAUAGAGCAUGAUGCAAACGUUCAGUGCUGACGGGCACCGCAGUGCAUUUAAUCAUUUGUAAAAAUGUCUGAGCAUUGCACAAAACCCAGUGAACAGAAACAACAGCACUACUAUUUUUCAAAUGUACCAUUAAGAAUUAUGCAAAAUCCUCUGACAUCACCUGUUUACAGGGCUAAAUGAAUAAGGUUUUGUAAUUGAAUAAUUCAGCAAUGGUGUCUUACACUCACAGACUACUACAUUUUACACAUAUGAAACAAAUAUAUUUCUAUUGUGAACAACCUGUCAUUGAUAGAAGGGAUAGGACUCCAGAUAUAUUGUCACCACACCACACAAGAAGCUUGUGUAUCAUGGAUAUUGUUUUCAAUACAAGUAAAGUUUUAUUCCAUGCUGAAAAGAGAAGAGACAACAUUUCGGGCUGUGAGGCCUUCUUCAGGUGUGGGGGAGAGAGGAAAACCAGCAGUUGAUAAAGCAGGAGAGAGCAAAAGCCGGGAGUGGAGAGGAGGUGGGAGUUGGAGAGAGGCAGAGUGGACAGGUGGUGUGAAGUCAAGA